AAACCAACACAACUCUCUGGAAAGAUGCAAUAUACAUGUAUAUAUAUGUGUGGUGUUGAAAAGUGACUCUCUACGGUCGUUGUUCUCAUUGAGAGGGAAAACACCACUGAUUAAAAACAACAAAAGAGAUUAGUGAUCUUCUUCAUCAAAGAUCACAGGAAAGCAAUAAGGAGUAAGGGAAGAAGAAAUCAAUCUGUGAAGAAGACUUGAAUCCAUCAUCAAACCCAAUCAAGCAAUGGAUCAAGAUGAGAUCAACUACAAAUAUGAUGAGCAUCCACUCACUCUCUGCUACGGAGAAACCAUGGAUGACACACACUGGUGUGAGAUGUGUGAGAAGAAAUUAGAUGCAACAAAAUGGUUCUACGUAUGCAACAAAUGUUGCACCACCAUCCACCUCCAAUUCAUAUUUGGAUCCUCUGUUUGUAUGAAGCCCGGUUCCUCGUUUUAUGAAAAAGAUCUUUUCCUCAGUGUAUUUCGCAACAGUAGUAACACUCGACCAACUUGCGACAGUUUUUAUUACCGCUGCAAAGACUCUAUCAACUAUAAACAAGUUUCGACUAGGACUGUUUUCAGAUACAUUGGAAACAAUUGGUGUGAGGUAGAUCCUUACACAGACUCUAUCAUCUACAAACAAGAUACAUUCUCAAUGCUUUCCAGAGAUAAUCGCAACACACAGCCUAGGACAAGUGUUAUUUGUUCUUUGGACUGUUUAUGAAAAAAUAACAUAUUCAACUAUUACAUGUACUUUGAGGUUUGUAUUAAUGUUGAACAGCUUGUCAACAACA